CCAUUUUUUGCGCCAUUUUUCAUCGCGAUUUGUUGACGGGCUGCGUCGAUUUGAUACACGCGUAAACACGUCGAAUUGGCAGCGAAGACGCUAGAUUCAAAUCGAAUAAGUUCGCGAAGUGCGAUUAUUAAGUGAUAAUCGAAUAGUCUCGCCGAUUAUAAUCCAGCAGCGUUUCGCAUUUAGGAGGGGGGGAGGGCGCGGAUCUUUUGAAAGUAGCACACGUAGGCAACAGGUGUCCAACGUCAAAUGCCGCACGCGCUUGACAACGCGACCGUUCACGACGACGUGCGCGGUUACUGGGCACGAUAAUUUAUAUUUAUUCGAUCGUUUCAAAAAUAAAAUUGUUUUUUUUUCUCUCGCUGACAGCACCGGCAAGUGCUAGAUUGAGCUCUCCGCAGGAAGAUCGACGAGAUUUUUAUCAAGAUGAAUUACGAUUACUUGGUGAAAUUCCUGGCACUUGGAAACUCUGGCGUCGGGAAAACGAGUUUCCUUUAUCAGUAUACCGAUGGUACUUUUAAUUCUCGAUUUGUAUCCACUGUUGGGAUUGAUUUCAAGGAAAAACGAGUGAUAUAUCAAACAGCAAAUGGCAGAAGUCAGCGAGUACAUUUGCAACUUUGGGACACAGCUGGACAGGAACGGUUCAGAAGUCUAACCACAGCCUUUUACCGGGAUUCCAUGGGUUUUCUACUAAUUUUUGAUCUGACCAAUGAAUUGUCGUUCCUUGAAGUUAGAAACUGGCUGGAACAGCUUAGGACCCAUGCAUAUUGUGAUGAUCCAGACAUAAUUCUUUGUGGUAAUAAAUCCGAUCUUGAGGACAAACGCGUCGUCAGCGAACAUAAAGCACGAGAUCUUGCCGAAAGGCAUGGCUUGGUUUAUCUCGAGACGAGUGCCGCGACUGGUCAGAAUGUCGAGCGCGCUGUGGAAAUAUUAUUAGACCGCGUAAUGCGCAGGAUGGAGGCUACGGUGGACAAGUCGUUGUUACCGCAUCAAAAAGUUUUAAGAUGCCACGAGCGCGAUACUCCGCCGCCCAGUAGUUCCUGCUAUUGCUGACAGUGCCGGUACAUGUAGUUAUUUAAACUACUAUGCCGAAAUCAAAGAAAAGAGCAUAUUAUGAAACUGGCACUUUACGAAACAUAUGUAACUUUUAUCAUAAACUUUUUUAGUUAGCAUGUUUGUUGCGAAUCAUCAGAAAAUAAUUCUAUAUUAAUUAUUUUUAUACAUGUCGCAUUUGUAAUAAAAUUUUAAUUGAUAUCUGGAAAAUCGUGAAAAUUAGCGAGAAAAUCAAUCGAAUUAACAAUUGAAUGAGUUGGAGAAAAACUCACUGACAAAAUAUAGUUUAAUUGAUAAUAUUUUGUUUGACAUUAAUAGACGGUUCAGUAUUAUAUGAAUCUCAUUAUAAAUAAGCAAAUAUCUUAAUAACAAUAUAAUGAAUUAUGUUCUGUUACAUAUAUUAUUUCCUAAUUUUGUUUCUUUUAUAUAUUGAAUAUUAAGCAAAAUUAGUUUCAAUUUUUUUUAUAGUAUCUAGAAUCAAUUUUUUGGAUCGUAAUAUAUUUUAAGUGCAAAUAAUAUUAAUUUUAAUUUUUUUUGAGUUCAUUAUUUAAACUUUAAAAAAUUUUUUGUUAUGUACAUUGUUUUUACUAUUAUAAAUAUCUUUUUUGGAAUGAAAGAAAAAGCGUAUUUAUCAACAAUAUUUUUGAAUUUAAUUUUUUUCGCCAAAAUUAUGAUUGCAAUAUAUAUAUAUAUAUAUAUAUAUAUAUAUAUAUAUAUAUAUAUGUUUUAAUGAUGGCGAUGCAACAAACAUGUUAAAAAGCUUUGCGAUAAAUAUAUUUCUACAAAAUAGCUUAUCCAGCGUAUUUUCAACAGGGGACUAUAUAUAUGAUCAUUGAAGAUUUCUUGUUAUUCUAUACAUAUAUAUACACUAAAUGUCUUCCAUCAAUGCUUAUUAUCAAAUGAAAACAUUUCUUAAACUCAGCAAGCAAACCUGCCAAUGAACUCUCGAUUACUGAUUACUCGAUUUAUACAAUAACGUUAAAUUUUGUCUUCUAUGGACAUUAUUUUUUCGAGAUCUCUUUAACGCGUUUCCCUGUUCUAUAAAAUUCUUUUUAUGCCACUGUCGUCUUCCAAUGUUGGUUGUUCUCGAGUGAUGAUGUUUAUCAAAUUUAAACGUCAUUUAACGAAGAGUACCUUUUAUUAUUCUAUAAUAAUACUGACCUUUUCUAUCACUAUUUCAUACGCACAAGGUGUUCAAUAAGUCAAUCCUUUCUUACUUGCCAAAAAUGUGAUAUGUGACUGAUGUCGCAACAGAAGUUUUGGAAGUUAAGGUGAUUCACUUUUGACUGUGUGUAACGUAUUUUUGAUGAUGUUAUUAUAAUCAGUCAGAGUUAAUAUAUUUAAUCAUAAAUGAAUAAUAUAUAUUAGACGCGAAAGACGAGAUCGAAAGACCGUAUAACGCGCAUAUACCGAUAAACUAAUCUCUUGUGAUAUUUAUAUCAUAUAUUUAAUGAAAUUAUAAAUGAUUGUAUUGUGAUUAAUCACUAAUGCCUCAAUUUUACGAAAUAAACGCUACCAAUGUUAAAAGAAAAUUAUAUAUUUAGUGUAUAAGUGUUGAUAAGUGCAUAUAUGUGUAUAUUAUAUAUGUAUGUUGAUUUUUUCUGGAAUCUAAAAGCACUUUGGAUUCUUCUAGAAACGCCUUAUAUAUAAUAGAUAUUGUUAUUAAAAAUUUUGCA